GACAGCCCCCCUCCAAGCCCCUUUAGCCACCGACUCAUUUCUUUGAGAAAAUUGGUGACCAAGCUUGGGAUUUUCUCUUCCUUUUCUUGUUCUUGAACCCAGAAACCCCCCCCCCUUUGCUGGAAAUCCCGGAUCUGCUCUGCUCUUCUCCCCUGUCCACCGGCUGCUAUGUGGGUUUGAAUUUAUGGGCAUUUUUCGGGUAAGCCAUAGCCAAGAAAUCAUCUCUUUAACCUUGAUUUAGGCUGGGAUAUGCUAAUUUCUGUUUAUUUCCCUCAAUUUUUUUGGGUAGUCCGUGAGUUUCCCCUGCAGAUGCUGCCGGCUUCUUCUCCCUGCCAAGUCCGGUUCUUGCUGGAAAAUUUUGGUUCUCGAUCGUUCUAUCAGUUUAGUACGUGAAUUGAGUGCUCGGUUUUGCGGAGUGAGGUAAGUAAUUUAUGUGAAAUGUUUUAUGGUUUUCAUUAAAUUGAGCAUGCCUACUUGGAAUUUAAGUGACUGUCCUGAUGAUUUGAAAGUGAUGAUCUGAAAGUGAUUGUGAAUUGUGAUUUUCCUGUGAACUUCUGCCUGUUUUGUCUCCGAUAUGGUCAUGUUAUUCGUGUGCCCGCUAGUGGGAGGUUUAUAAACGCUAGCACAUGUCGACAUGUUAUUGAUAGAACCGGUUCGUUUAGUGACCCUGCUAGUGGGGAUUAUAAACCAGCAAAUUCUGUAGCCUGCUAGUGGGAGGUUUAUAACACUGGCCGUGACCUAUAGAGGAGACGUCUAUUUCGUGCCCGUACUGUAUCCGUUUUUCGUGAUUGCACUUGUUGGCAUGCUGUAAGUUUAAUUAAGGGCAAUCCAUAUUUUACUUACUGAGUUAUCUCACCUCGUUUUUCUCAUCCACCAUUUCAGGUAGUGUGCCCCGAGACUCGGAAAUCAAGGGGAGUGACGUGAUAAAAGGCUAGCCACUUGAGAUUUGACAUAGAUUUAGAUACAUGUACUCCAUGCUCUUGUAAGUUAGAUUUUAAUUGGAAAUUUUAUGGUAUCAAAACUGAUUUUGUUCAGUAAGUUUCGAGCCUUGUGCAUUUGUGGGACCCGUCUCACGAGUGCACGGCGUCUGCCGUGCCCCGGAUUUGGGUUCUGGGGCGUGACACAUAGAUGGAGUGACAAUCUCAGGGAUGGGAAGUUGAAAUGGGACAAGAACUCAGCCUAUGUCCCAUGUUGGAUCCCAACUCAUAUAUGGCCUCAGCUGUUGACAUAUUGGGACUCUAAUGAAUAUAAGAGGCUCAAUGCAAGGGGAGCAAAGAAUAGGAGCUUUGGGGAAAGGGUGACUCACACCACUGGGUCCAUUAGCUUUGCCAUCCAUGAGAUGCGGAUGACUGAGUCUAGAGGUGGUGUGCAACCUCCCCAUCAGGAGAAAUUCAAGGAGACGCACACCUUCAAAAAAAAGGUGGGAAAGGAUCAAGAGCCAGUGUGGAUCAAUGAAAAAGCAAAGUAUCGAUAUGAUACUUAUGUUGCGGAGUCCACAGAUAGUCAUGGCUCUGAUUCUAGUUCAUGGCCACGCAUGGAUAACGAGGCAUGGGUUAAGGCUGUUGGAGGUUGCUUAUCUAAUUUCAUGCUAGGGAUUGGCUCCCAAGUAAAUCCAGAGAUGGUUGGUUUUACUUACAAGAAGAGACAACCCCAAGAAAACUUAAUAGCAGCACUGAUGGCAUCUGACUAUGAGGAGACACAGGCAAAAGAUCAUGAGGAGUUAGAAAGACAACGCCAACAAAUUGCUUUGAUGCAACAGCAGCUGGCCAAUAUGACAGAAGCUCAGAAAAAUAUGAGCCAGGCAAUCGCACAGUCUGUUGCAGCAACUCUAGCCGCUCAUGGCAUCUCCCCUCAGGUAGGUCAUCAUCCAAUUGCCCCACCAUAGCCUUCACAUGGUCCUGGCUCAGGUCUUCACAUGGUCCUGGCUCAGGUCUUCACAUGAAUUCAGCUUUCGCCUAUUCCACUGAUUCUACACAAACCUCUCCUAUAGUCCCUGAAUAUCAGCAGCAACGGCAAUUUUCGCCUCAAGAUGAUGAUGCAUACCAUCCUACUUUUGAUCUAGACUAUCAGGGUCCUUAGUUUUUUUAUUUUUCUGUUAUGCACAUUAUCUGCAUACUUUGCAUGGUUGGCUUUAUUUCUAUUAGUACUUAAAACUGUUAGCUUUAGCUUUUAUUACGAUAUAUUUUCUUAUUUUGCUUGACCUCUAGUGAUCAUAUUUCAAAAGGUAUGAAGUUUUGGACUGCUUUGGAGGUUAAUUAUUAUUAACUAAAUAUCGUGGGUAUUUAAAACAAUGGUGUGUGAUUGCCAUAUAUACUUUGUGGUUGUAGUUGUGGUUGAAAAGGGAUAAUUGUUUUUAGCAUACUAGACUUGUAGAAUAUAUGUGUCUUUCAUUG